AUGAAGACCACCUCCCGCUACGAAAGCUCUAACGCUGCCUUCAAGGUCAACUCAACAAGCGCAAACACCCUUGUACAAUUUAUGAUGUGCUUUGAAAAUAGGGUAGACAGCCAACGAUAUCGUCAACGUGUAUCGGAGUACAAAACCUCAUCCACAAUGUUCACUGGCAAUACUGAUUUAGCGAUAGAACAGCACGCGUUCGCCAUUUACAAAAACGCUGUUUUCGCGCAAGUUCAAAAAGAGAUAAUUAAAGGGAAGUUUUUAUGCUACAUCACAAACCAAACCGAGCCCAGCAAUUCCAGUCUUCUGAUAGACGUCACUCAUUUGGAUAAAAGGAACAACAUCACAAACGUCUAUCAGGUUACGUAUAACACUGUAGACCAAUCCGCGAGUUGCUCAUGUAGGAAUUUCACACGUAUCGGAUAUGUGUGUCGCCAUGUCUUUUGCGUCUAUCGAUUGAAAAAUGUUGAAAGGAUUCCACCACAAUACAUAAACGAUAGGUGGCGUCGAGAUGCCCUCCCCAAACAGGUUUUUUCAAUUUCCAGUCGAUACGGAGUCAACCCACACGCACCGUCCAUUAUGCGGAAUGAAAUCCUCGACCUCGUUACUGAAUGCGUUUAUGUGGCCAGAACCGAUGAGGAUGCGUUGGCAAAAUUGGUUGACCAACUCAGGGAUUUCAAGAUCAAUGUGCUUUCCAAGCAACCAUUGUCUACACCUCAAAAUGAAUCAAACGAGUGUCAAAUGGAAGAAAUAGUUGGACAGCCAAUCAACAUUCCAGUCGAAGUUGUUAAUCCAGAAGUUGCACGCAAUAAAGGAUGUGGUACUCAUACUCGCAUUUCUGGGCCCGGUGAGAAGGCAAAGGCAAAACCACCAAAACUUCCAAAGCAGCUUCGUUUAUGCAAGCGUUGUGGUCUGUAUGUCGACGACCACGACUCACGCAACUGCCUUAAGGUGGCUGCAAUGAAAGCAGCAAAGGCAGCUGCUGAACAACAAAGGCAGACCGCCACUGGCGACUCACCCUCUGAUUAA